CUCUUAAAGGAAGCUGGCAGCGCUGUGGGGAAAGUUACUGUUCCUGCUCCGAGUUCAGAUCAGCCUGCAGCUAAAGUGGUUGCUAGCCUUCCAAGAGAGGAGACUCUGGAGUGACUGGCACCUGCCAAGUUUGAUGGGGGAAAAUCUUCUAAGGGAUCACCAUGCCCUCCUCAACAAGGGAAAGGAGAAUGAGAUGGACAUAUUUGGCUACCGGACCCAAGGCUGCCGGAAGGCCCUGUGCGUUGCUGGGUACAUCCUGUCCUGCGGAGCCCUCCUGCUUGUGUUUUACUGGAAGCCGGAGUGGGACGUGUGGGCAAACUGCGUGCCCUGCGACUUGGAGGAGUCAGACGUUGUGCUGCUCAGAACCACAGAUGAGUUUCAAAAGUAUACUAGAAAGAAGGUGAUCUGGCUUGACUUGCUGAGACUCUUGGACAGUGAGAAACUGGAUCACAUCCUCAGUACAGACAGGGAUUCUGUUCUAAGCAAAGCCGUAAAGAAGCCCGAUAUGAAAGUGAGAUACAUCCAGGUGCAAAAAGUCCGCUACGUCUGGGACCUCACAGAAAAACAGUUCCAAAGAGUUGGGUCGCUCGAGGACAGCAACACCUGCUAUGAAAUACACCGCAAAUUUGGAGACGGGUUGACGAGGAAAGAGAAAGCUCUCAGGAGGUUGGUUUGUGGGCCCAACGCAAUUGAAAUUGAAGUUCGCCCAAUCUGGAAAUUGCUUUUUAAAGAGAUUCUGAACCCUUUUUACGUCUUCCAAGCCUUCACCCUGACUCUCUGGCUGGUCCAAGGAUACAUUGAGUACUCCACCGCCAUUAUAAUCCUUUCCAUCAUCUCUAUUGCCCUCACAGUGUACGCCCUUCGACAGCAAUCUGUCAAGCUGCACAACCUGGUAGAGGAGCACAACAGAGUCCAAGUCACAGGGUGGACCAAGCACGAAGGCAGCUGUCAGUUGGAGUCUUGCUAUUUAGUUCCAGGGGACGUCCUUCUCUUGGAAGGCCGGAAGAUUGCUCUGCCGUGUGAUGCCAUCCUCAUAGACGGAAGCUGCGUGGUCAACGAGGGGAUGCUCACAGGUGAAAGUGUUCCAGUGACCAAGACCCCCUUGCCCCACACGGACGACACCCUGCCCUGGAAAGUGCACAGCAUGGAGGAUUACAGACGGCACGUCCUCUUCUGUGGCACGGAGGUCAUCCAGACCAGGCGAGCUGGCAAGGGGCCAGCAAGGGCUGUCGUGUUGCAGACUGGGUUCAACACGGCCAAGGGAGAUCUGGUGAGGUCCAUCCUUUACCCAAAGCCUCUGAACUUCAAACUCUACCGAGAGGCCUUCAAGUUCAUCAUAUGCCUGGCCUUGAUUGGCAUCUUGGGGCUGAUCUAUGCGACUUGCGUGUACGUGAGCCACAAGCAAUCCGUGGCAGACACCGUGGCAAUGGCGCUCGUCCUCAUGACAGUUCCCGUCCCCCCGGCCAUCCCCGCUGCCUUGACGACUGGCAUCGUUUAUGCCCAGAGGAGGCUGGUGAAGAAGAAGAUUUUCUGCAUUAGUCCUCAGAGGAUCAACAUCUGCGGGCAGAUCAACUUGGUGUGCUUUGACAAGACUGGCACCCUGACAGAGGAUGGGCUGGAUCUCUGGGGCGUCAUCCCCUGCCAAAAAAGGAGUUUCCAGAGUGUGCACAGCUUCUCCGGCGGCUGCCCUUUGCCUUGGGGGCCCCUGUGCAGAGCCAUGGCCUCCUGCCAUUCCCUGUUGGUUUUGGAUGGGAAGAUUCAAGGAGAUCCACUGGACCUAAAGAUGUUUGAGGGCACCGGCUGGGAAAUGGAGGAGUCUGGUCCAGAGGAUGGUGAAACCAGUGCACCACAGAGCUGUACCAUUGUUAGACCAGGAGCCGCUGCUUCCCAGGCCCCUGUGGAAAGCAUCGCAAUCCUGCACCAAUUUCCCUUCUCUUCCUCCCUGCUGAGGAUGUCCGUCAUCACGCAAGAACUUGGGAAGGUUGUCUGUGAUCUCUACAUGAAGGGAGCCCCAGAGAUGGUGGCCAGCUUUUGCAAAACAAACACCGUUCCCAAACACUUCCAAGCGGAGCUUGAACACUUCACAUCUCAAGGUUUCCGAGUCAUUGCCUUGGCUCACAAGGAGCUCUCCGUGGGCAAAGGUGCGGACCUGGAUAACUUGGAAAGAGACAAGGUGGAGUCUGGUCUGACCUUCCUGGGCCUCCUGAUCAUGGAGAAUCGGCUGAAGAGUGAGACCAAAAGUGUCCUGGAGGAACUCAGCGGUGCCCGCAUCCGGAGCGUCAUGGUCACAGGUGACAACCUUCAAACAGCCAUCACAGUCGCCAAGAACUCUGGGAUGAUCUCCAGUGGCAGCAAAGUGAUCCUUCUAGAAGCCAGUGAGCCGGAGGGACCCGAUCCAGCAUCCAUUACCUGGCGGCUGAUGGAGGAAAUGCAUUAUGCGGAUGAAAUCAAAGAUCCCUCCAUCACCAUUGAGAGCUCUGAUCCUGUUGGGCCAGACAGCAGUUUCCAUUUUGCCUUGAAUGGGAAAUCCUAUCAGGUCCUGGUGAAAUACUUCAGCAGUCUGCUGCCAAAAGUUCUUCUGAAUGGAACAGUGUUUGCUAGGAUGUCUCCAGGCCAGAAGUCCAGCCUUAUUGAAGAAUUUCAGAAACUAGAUUACUAUGUGGGAAUGUGUGGGGACGGAGCUAAUGACUGUGGGGCUUUGAAGAUGGCUCAUGCUGGGAUCUCCCUUUCUGAGCAGGAGGCCUCUGUGGCUUCCCCCUUCACUUCCCAAAUCCCCAACAUUGAGUGCGUGCCAGAACUGAUCAGGGAAGGGCGUGCCUCCCUUGUGGCCUCCUUUUCGGUGUUUAAAUAUCUGGUCCUGUAUGGCAUGGCCCAGUUCAUCGGGACUUCUCUGCUGUAUUGGCAAAUACAGCUCUUUGGGAAUUACCAGUACCUCAUACAAGAUGUCUGCAUUACCCUUGUUGUGUGCCUAACGAUGAGCUUGACCGAGGCAGAUCCCAAGCUGGCCCCCUACCGGCCCCCUGGACGGCUCCUCUCCCCGCCGCUGCUGCUCUCCAUCGUCCUCAACGUCUGCUUCGCCCUCGCCGUCCAGGUCUUCGCCUUCCUGUUUGUGAAGCAGCAGCCCUGGUACUCGGAGCUGCGCAGCCACAGCGGGUGCCCUAUAGGAAACCAGCCGGUGUCCCCAGGCAACGGAACAGCCAACUCCACAGCCCAGGAGCACAGUAUCUUGAGCUACGAGACCACCACCCUCUGGCCGAUCGUCACCAUCAACUGCAUGAUCGGGGCCUUUGUCUUCUCCAAAGGGAAACCCUUCAGGAAGCCCAUCUACACCAACUAUAUCUACUCCUGCCUGCUGUGCCUCCAGCUGGGAGUUUCCCUCUUCCUCUUCUUUGCUGACCUUGAAGCCGUCUACAAGGGAAUGGAGCUUCUCUGCACUCCAGCCAUUUGGAGGGUUUACGUCCUGCUGAUGCUGUUGGUCACAUUUUCUGUCUCGCUCAUUGUGGAGGAUGGCAUCCUGCAGAACCGGCGCCUCUGGCUGCUGAUCAAGGCGCUGUUCCAGUUCCGCUCCUCGAGUCGCUACCGGAAGUUGCAGCGGCAGCUGGAAAAAGAUGCCAAGUGGCCUCCCAUGAACCAGAGGGACUUUGCAGAAGACCGGAAGGUCGAGGCCUACAUCAAUCCCAUCUAUGAAGAUGAGGAAGAGAACUAGCUGGCCAGCAGAGACUUGCUAACUUAUCCAUACAGGGUAUGAAUGGAACUUUACUGUCUGCGUGGGAUUUUGGCCCCUGCCUGGGGAAAUUAAGGGUUUGGUGCCUGUGCGCAUGGCAGGGGCAGGAGGGAUGGAGUCCUCUUCCACAGGAACAAGGCAGCUUUAAGAAAACGCCACUUGAGGAUGCCUAAAUAUGCUGCUGAAACGUCAUCCCCCUUAUGAAAAUAAAAUUAACUCUAUUUUUACUUUC